AUGUCACGGUGCAAGGGUACAGGCGAGUUCGUCCAGCUGGACGACACAUUCGCGGCUUACACUCGAGACAUCAUUGCUGCGAUUUGCUACGAAGAUGAGGCGCCUAUGGUGGAGGACGCUGGCAAGUCGGCUGAGUGGCACAACAUGACAAUGAAUCUUGUCUACCAGCAACCUGUCGCGGUACACCUCCCGUUCUUGAUGAAGUUGGUACGGAUCCUGCCUGAUGCAAUCCUUAAGCUAUAUCCGGCCGGUGGCACUUGUGCCCGACUACGAAGCAACGCGAUCGACCACAUCGAAACUGCGAAGAAGCAAAACCGCGGCAUGGAAGCAGCUCUGAAGGAUGUGCGAAGUUCAAUGCUUCGACACAUGCUGCUAGACAAGGAUCUGCCCCAAUCGGAAAAAUCGACCGACCGGUUGGCUCAAGAGCUCAUGAACGUAGUGGGUGCGGGUGGCAGUACACCAGGGACGGCAUUGACUAUCACGACCUACCACAUUCUCUCUAACCCCCGUGUAGAGAACAAGCUGCGCCAGGAGCUCGCUGGUCUAACCGUCAAUUUUCCCACUGAGGUACCCCAAUUGACCGAUCUGGAGAGGCUUCCCUACCUACAGGCAUGCCUGAAGGAAGGCCUACGCAUGGGACCUGGAGCGAUACGACGCACACCUCGCUGUUUCCCCGACGAUGACGUGGUGUACAAGGACUACGUGAUUCCCAAGAACACCCCGAUAGGCAUCGCUACCUACUACAUGCACAACGACCCGGAGGUGUUUCCCGAGCCUUUCGAGUUCCGUCCUGAGCGCUGGCUCGCGGACGACAUCUCGUUGCUGAAGCGAAACUGGGUCCCUUUCAGCAGAGGUGCCCGUGGCUGCGCAGGAAUCAACCUCGCCAUGUCUGAGCUAUCCCUUGGCAUUUCUACCCUUUUCCGUGCCGAUGGACCUAAGCUGCGGCUUUACGAGACGGAGAGGCGGGAUAUCCAGCCCUGUUACGAUAGGAUUAUUGGUGUCCCUGCGCCAGAUGCUAGGGGCCUUCGGGUUACCGUCCAUUGA